AUGCCUCACCACCCCCCCGACCAUCGAUCAUCGCGACUACUCCAAUUAACAUCGCCCAACCAGAGAUAUUCGCUCAACGAUCCCUCCCAGCCGCGCCGUUCUCUUGCCGGAGCCUCCAGCGACAGAUACCGGCCUGCGUCCCUCGCUUCCUCGUCUCCUUCAGCAGCAGUGCGAGGGAUAGGAGGCUCGGGCAACUACAGCAGCUACUAUCCCGAACCCAGCGCAUCCUUCUCGACGGCAAACAUGCCUAGGGCGGCCAUGGCUUACAGGUCCGAGUACGGCCAGGACUCACGCCAGCAGCCUCAGAGCUUUGGCGGCUACAACACAGCCGCCACCAUGAUAUACAACGUCGCCCAGCCUAGGGCGCAAAACCCCGUCUACGAUGCGCAGCAAUUUAGAUCACGGCAACCUACAGCUAUGCAGAUAAUAACGCCGGAUGUCGCUUCGACAUACUUCGGAUCUAAGACGGGAAGCACAGGCGGACCGGGCCUACAGCAAUCGGCGCAGAGCUCAAGCGGAUCAGCAAACCAAGGUAUCGAGCGUGGGCGCAAUGCCCCAGGCGACCGCGAGCGCCGAUGUUUCCAUAGCAGAAGAUCACGAGUCAACUACCAGAGACAAUUAGGCACCAUAUUCCGAGAGAUCAUAAAUGGAUCCCUAGAAAGCGCAUCCGAGACACUACUGAGCGUCACCAGCUGGCUAUUAUCUCAGGUGGCAGACCUUAACUGCAGGCCUCAAUAUAGACAAUACAAACCUCCACGCCGAUCAAAUAAACGCCAGAUAGAGUUGAUGACUUCAUCCCAGCCAUCGAGAUCGCAGAGCCUCAUGUCAAAGGCCAUGAUUAAGAAGAUAGGUAACGAAUUAAUACGUUUAUGCGACGGGAUCGAGCACCACGGACUCGUCGACUACCAAUACGGGGUGUGGGAGGAACAGACAACUACCAAAGCGCAUAGUUCUCGAAGACUAUCUGGACCUCUAUGA